AUGUUAGGGUUUUCUUUCUUAACUAAAGCUUUGGAUCCUCGUAGUCAAGGUCCAGUCCAACUCACCCCUGAAGAGAAAAGAACUCUUAUCCAAGAAGGAUAUCCGAUCCCUACACGUCUUCCACUUUCAAAAGCUGAAGAAGAGUCGCUGAAAAUUGUGAGAAGGAAAAUAAAGAAUAAGCUGUCUGCCCAAGAGUCACGUCGCAAGCGAAAAGAGUACAUGGAUACGCUUGAAGCUCGAUGUCAGGCUUACUUCAAUGAGAAUACACAUCUGAAAAGUAGGUUGUAUCUUAUAAUUGCUGUCGGAUGA